GCCACCAGUUGGUGUUGAGAGUCCGAGGGGAGCGCAACAGAAAGACAUUUGGAGGAGCAGAAAGUAGUUUGUUGCAUUUCGAUGCGCCCAAAGACUGCUGGAUAAUAAGGAUGCAGGAGACGUUGCAGAGGUAGACCAUCUUAAAAUUUUGGCCUUUUACAUUUAUGAAGACAAUAAGGGAGCCAACCAAGACAGAAACCCCUCGACCAAAUGAGAAACUGAGAAGCUUGACUGACAUCUCUUCACAUGGACAAUAAGCCAGAUGGUUUUUUUUGGAAGAACAGAUUUACUGUCAAAGUGGAGACGAUGAUGGUCCCUGUCACAUGUAGAUCAGGUCUGCAGGUGUGUUUUCUCCUGCUGUUAGUGGGACAAACACAUGGCAGAGUGACGGCACCAGCACGUUUAAAAGCAGCGCUUGACAAGCCCUUUACACUUACCUGUACUGUUUUGAGGGAACGUGGCGACACAUUGAGGCAGGUCCAUUGGCUGGACGUCCAGAACCAGACCCUGCUGAGCUACCAGCCAGGAAACAGAGACAGCGUGAGCGGACAACAGCACGUGGAGCUCGCGGUCUCGCCCAAGGAUACCUCUGCGAUCAUCAUCCGCAGGGUGGGUUUCCGCGACGAAGGCUGCUACACCUGCAUCUUUGAACUAAACCCCUCAGGUUCAAAGCAGGGACAGACGUGUCUCACUGUUGACGCUGAAGUCAAAUCUGAGAAGAACAAAACAGCUGUGAGCGGCAAGAAAGCCUCACUGUCAUGCUCCUUCGGUCUGCCUGAAAAGGUGCAACAGGUACUGUGGAAACACACUUCCGCUCGAGCUGGAUCCACAGAGGUGGCCUCUUUUGCAAAACGGAGCGACCCCAUGAUCGAGCCAGCUUAUCAGGGGAGAGUCUGGCUCUCUGCAUCCCUGUCGGACAGUCAGCUCACGAUCCAGCCUGUUGCCAUUCAGGAUGAGGGUUGCUACACCUGCGCCUACGAGACAUAUUCUGAGGGAACAAAGAGCUCUGUGGUCUGUCUCUCCACUUAUGUUCUACCAAAACCUCAGGUGAGCUACAAGACCUCUUCUCCAGGUGUGAUCGAAGCCAACUGCUCUUGUGUAUCACGGCCCCCUGCCGAGAUCGUGUGGAACGUGGAGACAGACAACCGCACCAUGGCCCCCCCUGUGACCGUGCAGCUCCAUCAGGAAGACGGGACCACUCUUGUCAUCAGCACGCUGACCGUCCAAUCAGGGCUCCUGAAAGAUGUGUCCGUCAAAUGCUUGGUGCAUCACAAGGGGCUCGAGUCACCCAUUGCUGUAUCCAUGAACACUAAGAUUGGCACAGCUCUCACCAUCCUGAUCUCAGUCACCACGGUCGCGGCUCUGCUGGUCAUGUCCUUGUGCUUCUGCCUUUGGAAGUGUUUUUUGCGUAAAGAAGAUGAUUAAUCUUACACACUAGAGCUGAGAUGAAGAGGCCAUGUUUUGCAGGACCGUCCCAAUGAGACCGUCCUCCAUGCCGUAUCAUUAUCACCAUCUCCAUCUUCUGUGGGUGGAAAGAGAAGAUGCCGUCAAAAUCUUUACGGGCUGUCCAGCACAAUCCUGUUUAUCAUCAACAACUGGAUGACAUUCAGCUGCGCUUGACUCUUCCAUUUGGUUUCAGUUUUCUGUUCUUCUUUUAAUCUCAGAUCUGUAAUUGAUUGAGUCGAUUGCUACGGAUUCCACAACAGCAGGGUCUCUGUGUGCAGCUGAGUGGAGUGAUUUUUGCAGAACAUUACAUGUCCUCAGAAAACCUUUCUCCGGAUGCCUCUGUCUUUCAAUGAACCUUAAAGAUGUGUCCUAAUGUUUUAUAUAGUUCUUACUUGCUAAAAUGUAUUAAAAACUCCUGAAGAAAAAAUAGAGGACCACUGAAUGUGCACAUGGAUGUUUGGGGAGAUCUGGAUGGAGUUAUAAGGUCUGUUUGAUAGACUGGUAAUUAUUUGUCUUUAAAUUAUUCAGAUAAAACAUUAAGUGCCUCCCAAAAGUAUUUGUGCUAUUUGAACAAUUAACUUCAAUGCGUUUUCUUGGGAUGUAAUGUGACCGACCAACACAAAGUAAUGCAUAUUGGUGAAGUGAAAGGUGAAAGGGGUUGCAACAUUUCUUCUUUUUCUUUUACAGAUGAAAACCUUAGUGGAUUUACAUUCUACUCCCUUUACCCUGAUACCCUGAAAUAAAAACCAGUACAACAAAUUGCCUUCAUAACCUGUCUAUAAUUAGCAAACUGAGCCAAUCUAGGGGGUAAUUAAUUAAACUGCAAACUUACCAGGACAUGGCCAUCAACUUAAACUGACGGAAAGUAAUUCGAGUAACAACCAAGAGCUCCAUGUUACGCUGGAUGAGCUGCAGUGAGCCACAACUCAGGUAGGAUAAUAUCGACCUGACAGGACAGUUGUACUCUACAAAUCUGGCCAGAUUGGAAGAGUUGCAAAAAGAAAUCACCUCUUGAAACAUAUUUGUCUCAAAGUUGUUAUCAUAACAAACAUGUGGAGGAUGUGCUUUUGGUUAGAUGGGCAACACGGUUUAGAUGAAAACCAAAAUGACUUCUUAGCUUGUAAAGCAAGUGUGACAGAAACGUAACACUGCACAUUGUCCACAAAACACCUUCCCCACAAUGAAACCUGUUGGUAGCAGCAUGUUUUGAGAAGGCUUUUCUUCAGCAGGGACGGGACAGCUGUUCAGACUUUAACUGGGGAGAAGAUUCAGAAUCCAUCCAAAGUCCAGACCUAAAUCCCACUGAGAAUCUGUGGAAAGGCUCGACAUUUUUUUCCACAGACGCUCUUCACGCAAUCGACUGUCCUUGUGCUGUUUUUGCCAAGAUAAAUGAACAAACAUUUCAGUUUCACCCAUUUCAGUGAUUGCAACAUGACAAAAUGAGAAAACGUACAAGGGCCAUGGAUACUCUAGCAAGGCACUGUACUCCAAAUGUUUUUGCAAAACUUGUUUUCCUUUUCUUUUCUGUUCGCACAUAUGUUUUUGUUCAAGGUGAAAUUCCACUGUCAGAUGGCUUGAAUCAAUUCCUAGAACCUUUCAGUUGCCCCUGAAAGGAAUGUGUGUCUUGCCGCUCACUGUGCAGACGGGCACCUUCUGUCUCAUCGCCGUAAAAAGAUUACUUGAGGACUACAGGUUAAAUGCCUCAAAGGGCUACUCUGUUCUUUAAGAUUUGUCUCACUCUGGAUCAAAGAGACACAAACAUCAAAGCAGAAAAAAACGUAAUAAAGCUUCUAGUUGAAUUUUUUUUUUUUUGCAUUUAUACUCUGACCUUUUCAUUCAAGCUACAACUUGAAACACAAUGUUUAUUGAAACAUAUAAUUAGCAUUUUUCCUACUUUGUUGACAUGUGUAAGACAUAAAAUUCAUGAAAGUUCUGUUAGGAGUAUUCUAUUCCUGACCACUGAAGGCUCCUGAUCACACAGAAAUACAAUGUUGCAGCUGUAUUUCAUUGACGACACCUUAUGAAAACCAACACAGGUAAAGAAAAUUUAAUUGAAUAAUUAAAGGACUUAAAAAAGUUA